AUGGAACCACAAACUGAUGCAACAAAAGCAGCUCAAGAUGAAGAGAAGCACCAAGUCGAAGCUGACGUACACCCAGCGAAGCAGGUAGUACAACAUCACGUAGUGUCCUCUCAGUCCCCAACAGCUUCCAUCACAUCCUCCCCUGAAUUCUCCUUCAGUAACAACUCCCUCCCUGCCCCGACUAACAAUCAAAGAAAAGACGAUCUUGUCCUUUUACCCGUUGAUGCGGACGAUAUCUUUUUCGAUGGUCACAUGCUCCCCCUCCACUGCCACCCAAACCACCGUUCCUCCUCCUCCUCCACCAACUCCGUUGACAGCACUUUCACCCUCACCCUCGAUACAGAGGACAACAAGAACAACAACAACAACAACAACAAAAUCGAUGACUUUCACGACCAAGAACGUUGCCGUUUUUUGGAGGGAAAGCAAAGGGUAAAAUCGAGAUCCUUUUCUCAUAUUUUCUCGAAAUGGCGAAAACACCACCGGGAUCACGAUUGCGUUGACGAAGGCGACAAGAAUGGUGGGAAAAUUAGAAAAUCGAGAUUCAACAUCGUCAACAAACUGGUUAAACCAUUUGCUAUGAAUCCCUUCAGGCACAAGAGAGCCGGCAAGAAUAAAACCAAUAAAGAUUCCUUUGAUCAUGAGUUCCUAAGGCAGCCGGCAUCGUUCAAUGCAUAUUCCGGGAGUUUGAGAGUGAAGAGAAGGAAGGGUUUUGGGGUCAGAGGGAGGAGGAGCGAAUACGCAUCUGCACCCGUCUCGAUAACAACUUCGCCAGCCAAUAGCGGGCCUUUGCUAGUCAGAGCUUAUUAUCAUAAAAGUGAUAGCACAGUUGAGGAGUUACAGGCCGCCAUUCAAGCUGCCAUUGUUCAUUGCAAGAACUCCGUUAAUGCUCAAGAGGAAGAAAAGGAGCAACAAGACAACGUUGUUGUUGUUUAG